UCACUUAAUCACUUAAUAAGUGUGCCUCGAUUUUGCAUUUUAAACACCGUAGUAUAUUAAGUUAGUCAUACAAAUGGCUUACAUGCAUUUAUUACGAGUACUAGUAAAAUGAGGACUGUGACACCCCUGAUUCGUUUAGUAAAAUCAUCAAUAAAUUGCUAUUAAUAAACCAUCAUUCUAAUUGUUUAUUCCUUUGCUACUUUGCUCUUUACAGUGCACAUUACGUACUCAUACGUCUUAUAAAUAAUAAGUUCGAACCACCGUCAUUUCUACAUAUAACAUGUCGGACUCCGAGUUUGAAACUAUUGUACCCCUAAAUAACAAGACUGGAGGUGCGAAAGCGAAAAAACCGGUGCAGAAAAGAAAGUCCGAUGCUGCUAAUAGGUCCGAUUCAGAACGAGAGUGGGAAGAAAUUGACGCGGGGACCAAGAAGGUGAAGAAGCCUCGCCAGGCGAAAUCUCCUAGGACUACUAGUGGAGCGUCUAAGAAAAAGACUGCCAGCAACCCCUUCGACGUCUUCGAGCUAUUUCCUGAUGACGAGGCAUUUGCGAAAAAUUGCCCUACACCAGACCAGCUACGCUCGUCUAUAACUCAACGCGUGGCUGAUGGAUUGACUCGGCGUGCUGCUGAUCUUGAAGGGGAGUUUUUCUUGGAGCUGCGAGUAUACAACACCGCCGAUAUACGCAUUUCAACAUGUGCGAACAUUGUGACCCCGAGGAUCCUUUUACCCAUGCUCAAGAGUGGAACACCCAGACAUUUGAAGACGCAUAUCCAGAACUUGCCAACAAGCAUGACGUGA